AUGAAAUCGUGCGAUGAUUGCUUUUGAUUCUCCGUCCUGGUGAGAGUGCCCUUCGAGAGCAGCAACAUGACAAGCUACACUGACAAAGGGGAAAAGCCAGAGAAAGGCAAAUUUGUAAGGUUCCACCAUUUGACGUUCUGGGUGGGCAAUGCUAAACAGGCGGCGGCCUUCUACUGUGAUAAGAUGGGCUUUGAGCCUCUGGCCUAUAAAGGCUUAGAGACAGGCAGCAGAGAGCUGGUGUCUCAUGUCAUCAAACAAGACAAGAUUAUAUUCGAAUUUGCGUCUCCUCUAAAUCCCGGAAACGAAGAGAUGGGGGAGCACAUUAUCAAACACGGCGACGCUGUUAAGGACAUUGCCUUCCAAGUAGAAAACUGUGAAUUUUUAGUCCAGAAAGCCAAAGAGAGAGGAGCAGUGAUUGUUAAAGAACCGUGGGUAGAACAGGACAAGUUUGGCAAAGUAAAAUAUGCCAUAAUACAAACGUAUGGAGAUACCACCCACACAUUUGUGGAGUACCUAACCCCUUAUAAAGGCCUGUAUCUACCUGGCUAUCAUGAACCUCUUUUUAGAGACCCACUGCUCCCUAAAUUGCCUCCAAUUUCCCUGAACUUCAUCGACCACAUUGUUGGAAACCAGCCAGAUGAUGAAAUGGUGCCAAUAUCAGACUGGUACCAAAAGUGUCUGAUGUUCCACCGGUUCUGGUCCAUAGACGAUAAACAGAUCCACACUCAGUACAGCUCUCUUAGGUCUAUCGUGGUUGCCAACUAUGAGGAGACCAUCAAAAUGCCCAUCAACGAGCCGGCGCCAGGGAGGAAGAAAUCACAGAUCCAGGAGUAUGUUGACUAUAACGGAGGACCCGGAGUUCAGCAUAUUGCCCUGAACACCUCAAACAUCAUCGAAACAAUAGUGAACCUGAAAGCCCGGGGCAUGGAGUUCCUGUCCACUCCAGACACCUAUUACGACACCCUGCGUGAGAAUCUCAAGGCUGCCAAGAUCAAAGUGAAGGAGGACCUGAAGACCCUGCAGGAGCUUAAAAUCCUAGUAGAUUUUGACGAUAAGGGCUACCUGCUGCAGAUCUUCACCAAACCCGUGCAGGACAGACCCACUCUGUUCCUAGAGGUCAUCCAGAGACAUAACCACUUUGGUUUUGGGGCCGGCAACUUCAAAUCCUUGUUCGAGGCCAUUGAGAAAGACCAGGAUGCCAGAGGAAACCUCACUGUCCUGACUGCUGACGGCAUGCCCAAGAAUUUUCAUUAACAAAUUCAUGCAACUGGUGUAAAAGAGUCAUGCACAGAUUAGCACAUGACUACUAAUGUUGCAGGAAUGCGUGGAAUAGAACCGGAGAAAGCCACCAGUUCAUACACUUUAACCUCACAAAGUUUUUGCACUUACAGUGACAUACAUGUGACAUACAUGUGACUGUAAUGUUUUAUCAAUUAAAUACUCUUGAUGAUACUAAAAUGUAUUGGGAUCAUUUAUUGUAUGGGAUUUUACAGAUGUGGAGA